AUGAGCAGACCCAAGGUGUUGUUGCUGGGCAUCGUUGAGCAUGCCCACGAGACUUGGGCAUCGCUCAGCAGCAUUGCCGACAUUGUGACGGCCAAAUCCACCAAUCGUGCCGACUUCAUUGGGGAGUGUAACUCUGGAGCACUCGACGGGGUGGUUGUGGCUUAUCGAACCUUUGACUCCAGCUCGAUCACAGGCCCUGUGGACGCAAAGCUGGUGCCGCACCUGCCGUCGUCCUUGCGCUUCAUCUGUCACAACGGUGCGGGCUAUGACAGCAUUGAUGUCACUGCAUGCACUGAACGAGGAAUUCAUGUGUCCAACGCACCCACCGCAGUUGACGACUCCACGGCUGACACAGGCAUAUGGCUCAUGCUCGGUGCGCUACGGAAUUUCAAUGCCUCGCUUCUCAAUCUCCGUAGGGGCGAGUGGCGUGGCGGCAAGACGACGUUGGUACCGCCACUGGGACACGACCCUCAGGGAAAGACGCUUGGAAUCCUAGGUAUGGGCGGCAUUGGGCGCAACAUGGCCAUCAAGGCUCGCGCAUUCGACAUGCGCAUCCUUUAUCAUAACCGCACUCGCUUGGAUCCGGCACUCGAACAGGAACUCGAAGUAGAGUACAGAAGCUUUCAAGACUUGUUGCAAGAGAGCGACGUCUUGAGUCUCAAUCUGCCCUUGAACCCGGCGACACGACACAUUAUUUCCACGGCACAAUUCGGAUUAAUGAAGCCGGGUGUUGUGAUUGUGAACACCGCUCGCGGUGCCGUCAUAGACGAGGCGGCUCUCGUGGCUGCUCUCGACUCCGGCCAUGUAGCGUCGGCUGGCCUGGACGUUUUCGAAAACGAACCGGAGAUCCAUCCUGGACUUCUUGCUAACGAGAAGGUUCUGAUCGUCCCACACAUGGGAACUUAUUCCAUCGAGACGCAGACCAAAAUGGAAGAGUGGACCAUUUCUAAUGUCCGCAUGUCGUUGCAAGAGGGUAAACUACGCAGUAUCGUACCAGAGCAAAGACAUUUGCAACAUUAG